GGGGCCGCUAGUGAGAGUGUGAUGAAUCUCGAGGAGGAGGAACCGGUUGUCGACGAUAAUCCAACAGCGGUGCCGAACGCGUACCCGGAAACCUACUGCCGCUUCUGCUUCUCGGAAAUCGACGUCCAGCCUCUGUUUUCCCCAGAAUGUAAUCCCAAAUCGAGUGUGCUAUUGCGAGUGCGCCUGUUCGAGUGCAUAGGACUGCGACUAACGAAGGAUGUCGAUUAUCCCAGCUCCAUAUGCUUAAUGUGUUCCUUGACACUGCAAGAGUUCAAAUGCUUUCGGGAUCGUUGCUUGAAGUAUGAUGAAAUCUUCCGCCGUUGCCGAAAGCAGAGCGCAGAAAAGCGGCAUCCGGAUGUGGUUGAUCCACGCCAGAACGCGACAGAGGUGGUGCGGAAGGUGAACGGAACAAAAGAACCCGUGCCCAAACCGCCGCGUAACAUCUGUUGUGCAUACUGUCCACGGAAAUUCACGCGGCAAAUGUACUACGAGCAGCAUUUACAGAAGCACACCAAACUGAAGGGGCAGCGAGAACGCCCGUUUCGGUGUUCGUGCUGUCCACGUUCCUUCGAGUCGCUGCCCCGGCUAAAGUUCCACGAAAAGAAAGAGCACGGCAAAAAGGCUAGCAAGAAAGCGGGCGAAGGGACAUCAUUCGUUUGUCCGGAAUGUUCGAAAUCCUUCAAAUAUCGUUAUUCGCUGCGGAUGCACAUCCUCAACCAUCGUGGCCAGUUGCCGUUCGUGUGUGAAAUAUGUGACAGUGGGUUCUACAACGUCAACUAUCUGACCGCACACAAGGCACGGUACCAUGGUCCGAAUGCUGUGGCCGUAGUGCGCGGUGAAAAGAUCACGUGUCGAUACUGUCCGCGCAGUUUCCUACGGAAGUGUGAUCGGACGAGUCACAUGAAGCAGAUGCACCCGAACAUUCCCGAGGAAAACCAUGCACCGGAAAUGCUCGAAGAGUGUCCCCCGGCAGACAGCGAAGGAAUGACCGAUCCGGAGCUCCUACCACCGAACGUCCACGAGCCGAUGAUGGUGAUAAAGGAGGAGCAGAUGGAGCAGGAGUCGGAAGAUCCGGUUGUUCCGGUUGUUCCGGAUGUUCCGGUAGAAACGAAGACUGAAGCCAAGGAUGCAAAGGAUUUCUAUUGCGUAACCUGUGCGAUGGAGUUCGAUACGGAGGACAUGUACUCGGAACACAUGGACGAUCAGCAUUCGCUCGGAGGGGCCGAGUCUACUGAUCAGACUGAAGGGGGGCACCGUAGCCAAGACGGGGUGGUACGGUUCCGUAGCAGAAAGAGAAUCAUCUGCUGUCAGUAUUGUCCCGCAAUAUUUAGCCGGCCCGGUUACUUGAACGCACAUACGUUGCGGAAGCACCCGGACAAGUAUGAAACUUCCAUGGGUUCGUACAAGUGUCGCUUCUGCCCACGACAGUUCCAUGAGCUACGAUAUCGAAAGGUCCACGAGCGAAUGACGCACGCCAGACGGGGUGAGGUAUUGCCGGAGAUGCACGAAUUUUCCAGCGAAACAACACACAGUGUGGUGGUCAGCACCGCGGUCCUAGAAGCGACGUCCGAUGAACCUUCGAACGAUGGAACGAGUACAGUGAGCGAUCUUUCUCUUCUGGGCAACGCAUCCCUGGUGAUCCUGUUGGAACCGCUACCACCGAAGGUGCUGGCCACUUACCAGUGGCAACUGGACGAGUACGAUAGGCGAGAGGAGGAACAGGAUGUCAAGCCACUGAUCACUGCAGCACUCGAUGGAGGAACGUGUAGCUCUCCUGCCGGCAGUAGUGAGACCAGCGAACGGGUCGAUUCAAUGCGCACCAAGCUGGGCAUCAAGCUGCACCCGUGCGGGAAAUGUGAGAAAAUGUUUAAAACUCGCCAGGCACUUCAGAAACACAUGAUGUACCACAUCGGCCAGCUGCCGUACCGGUGUGACGAGUGUGGUGUGCAGUUUAUGCGGAUAGGGCAGCUUUCCUUUCACAAAUCGCGCUAUCACGGUGAUAGUGCGCCGACCAUUGUGAACCGGGUUAGCUGUGAUUACUGUCCGCGAAUAUUUCUACGCAAGCAGGAUCUGGCCAGCCAUUACUUUAUGGUCCAUGGUAAAGAUCGUGCUGAGCAACCGUACCGGACGGAUGAUGAUCCUUCGCCGGAGCAGCGUAAAAAAUCGAAACGAAAGGAGUACUGGUGCCAAGGGUGCGGCAGUUUGUUCGAUCGCUAUCGUAAGUGUGAGCGGCACAUCGCGAAGGAACACGGUAUGGACGCGGCGGCGGACGGAGACGCGGGAGCGACGAUCAAGCCAAUCAAGCUUUGCCGCUGCAGCGUUUGUGCGACGAUCUUCAAGAAGCGCGACGAAUGGCUUGACCAUCUGUCGGGUCACGCGAACGUCCGGCCACAUAACUGCGAGCAGUGCUUGAAAGGACGCAAGAAGUUUGGUCGCAAACAGCUCCGCUUCCCGUGCAACGAGUGUGGCGUCAUGUACGAUCGGUACCGCUACUUGGCCAUGCAUAAAGUGCGCUACCAUUCCGAGGACUCAUCGGCCGCCGCCCAGUCACAGCUGCUCAAGUGUGCAUUCUGUCCCCGUAUGUUCACCCGACUGCGGGACGUUAAUCACCAUCAGAUGUCGGUGCAUUCCGAUGGGAUUACGGUGGACACGGCCGAGCAACCUGACGGAGUGGACCAAGAACUACGGCCUACAUCACAGCUACUGCCCCACGAGUUCGGCAGUCUUUCUGAACUGCUGCUUAGUAGCAACUGUAACGAUCUUUCAAACGGAGCCCCUAACAUCAAGCAGGAGCUUCCUUCCAGUUUGGAGCAGUGAGGGGCGUUGCUGCUGCAAGUAUAACAUAGGCAACGAUCACGAUCGUAACGUAACUACGGCCAUAAUCUUACUAAUGAAAUACUCACAAAGUUAACUUCCUUUAACGUAACGCAACGAGCGAUAUCUUAUUGGCCGAUAAGGUCAACAGAAUUGUAAAAAGGGAAUUAUCUACCGAAUAGAAGAACGUCGAAGUAGCCGGUUUGAUUAACAAGCUAGAACUGAGCUGAUGGAGAAUGAUUUGGAAUAAAAUAAUAAGCCUAAAUUAAACUAAGAUAUUUCACCUCCUAUUUCAAUCUGUUUUUGGAUGCUAAAUUUUUGGCUAUUUUUCGUACAGAACUAACUAGAACCUCGUAUCCGUAUCUUUUACUUUUUAAAUUAUCCUUUAAUCUU